UGUCUGGUUGAUUUGUAGGUUUCCUGCCGCCCAUCACGCUGCCAGAGAAGUACUUCCUGUCCCAGCUGAUGCUGGCCCCGCCCCGAGAGCUCUUCAAGAAGACGCCGCGCCAGGUGUCCUGCAUGGACGUAGGCUCCGCCCCCCAAAGCAUCGACAUCAGCGGCCUGCAGCUGGCUCUCGCAGAGCGUCAGUCAGAGCUCCCCACACAGAGCAAAGCCAGUUUUCCCAGCAUCAUCAGCGACCCAGACCCUGAUUCGUCUAACUCAGGCUUCGACAGCUCCAUAGCCAAUCAGAUCACGGAGUCUCUAGCUACUGGCCCAUGCCCCCCACUGGAGAGUAAGUGCUGCAGA